AUGUUGCCUCCAUUCAGAAGGGCAGGUGGGAAUUCCACCUUGCUGUCUACGCCAGAAUCAUACUGGGGCCAGUUUGAAGAAAUCUCCAAAUACAAUACUCAUCUGAACGUGGUCGAAAGACUAUGGACAGCAUGGUAUGCCUGGAUGCAAAAUGACGUUCUUGCAACUGGAAUCAUGUCUUUUGUAAUGCACGAAAUUGUAUAUUUCGGGCGUUCCCUCCCUUGGAUCUUUAUAGACACUCUCGGUUUGUUCAAGAACUACAAGAUUCAAAGCAGCAAGAUACCAUCCUUACGAGAGCAAUGGGAUUGUGCUAGAUUUGUGCUACUCAGCCAUUUUACCGUAGAGCUGCCACAAAUAUGGCUUUUCCACCCGAUGGCCCAGUUUUUUGGCCUGUCCACCUCUGUACCUUUUCCCUCUUUGUGGACCAUGGCUUAUCAGAUAGCGAUAUUCUUUGUCCUGGAAGACACGUGGCAUUACUUUUCCCACCGUGCUCUCCAUUGGGGUCCACUGUAUAAAGCCAUCCACAAGAUUCACCAUCAAUAUUCCGCACCUUUCGGUAUGGCAGCUGAAUAUGCUUCUCCAAUUGAAGUCAUGAUUCUUGGAUUUGGUACUGUUGGUUGCCCAAUUCUAUGGUGUGCAGUAACCGGCGAUCUGCAUAUUUUUACGAUGUACAUCUGGAUCGUCUUGCGGCUUUUCCAGGCCAUUGAUGCGCACAGUGGCUAUGAGUUUCCAUGGAGUCUUCAUCACUUCCUCCCUUUCUGGGCUGGCGCAGACCACCAUGAUCUCCAUCACGAGAAGUUUGUAGGAAAUUAUUCCAGCAGCUUCAGGUGGUGGGAUUAUCUUCUGGACACCGAAUACUCCCCGGAGGCUAUCAAGAGGAGAAGGGAAAACAAGUUUGUGAAGGAUACCAAGAAGGCUCAGUGA